UAUUAUUGUACUCUUUGACAGGACUAUAAGUAGCAAUGGCUUCCUCUGUCUUUUCAAGAGCUGCAUCAAUCCUCCCUUCAACAACAAUACGACGGCGUUUGCCUCUAGUCGGGGCGUUUUGCAUGAUAAGCUUAGGCCUCUCUAAUCUAUGCCCAACAACUCUCUCUUCUUCUUCUCUCAAAACGGGUAGCGCUCAAUCUCUCCCCUUUAUUCCUCUCUUAAGAUCAAAGUUUGGCAGCAGCCAAGCAGCAGCAACACAAGCUACGAACAUCAGAAUGGAAGAGAAUUCCGACACCGUACCAAGUAUUGUUGUUUAUGUUACUGUCCCUAAUAGAGAAGCAGGAAAGAAAUUGGCUAACAGCAUAGUCAAAGAGAAGCUGGCAGCGUGUGUAAACAUAGUACCAGGUAUUGAAUCGGUGUAUCAAUGGCAGGGAGAGAUUCAGUCAGAUGCUGAGGAACUGUUGAUUAUCAAGACCAGGCAAUCCUUGCUGGAAGCACUAACAGAGCAUGUCAAAGCAAACCAUGAAUAUGAGGUACCAGAAGUAAUCUCCUUGCCCAUCACUGGUGGAAGCAUUCCAUACCUAAAAUGGCUCAAAGACAGCACAAGGGACUGACUCGUGUCAUCUGUACACUCUGAGCAUAUAAAAUCUCAGUGCUCUGGACCGGCUAGCAUCACCAGUUGGGUUUGCACAUGUCGACGUUCUCUCCCCCCGUCAGUGGUUGGUUGCGUAUUGUAUUUAGCUGUAAUAAUUGGGGACCUGUUAUUAUAUACCAAGGGUUCCCUUAAUGUUGUGUCGGCGACUUUGCAAGUAUGAUUAGCACGCAGUAUGUAUUUCAUGGGUGUUUGCUUGCUUUGUUAAACGAAGUCUUCUGCUGGUUUAUUUAAGUUGUAUUAUCCUC